AUGCGCAACCGGCUCCGGGUCACCUUCCCGCGCUCGGCGCAGGCGCGUUGCGCUGAGUGUGGGGGGGGGGGAAGCGCGCGCGCGGCCCGCGCAGGCGCAGAGCGAGCGGCCGGCGUGAGGGGAAAAGAGGCGGCGGCGGCAGCGCCGAGCGGGGACAGCGAGGAGCGAGGGGACACCGCGGCCGCCAUGUACCGGCACGUCACCGCCACCGUCACCGCCGCCGUCCGCCUCCGGCCCGGCCGCGCCUGGGCUCCGGCAGCCGCCGCGGCGCCUCCCGGGCCGGCCCCGCCGCGCCGCCGCUACCGAGCGCGGCCGCAGGACCUGGAGCCCCCCCUGGUGCCGGGCCCGGCCCUGGCCCUGCUGCCCCCCCCGCGCUGCCCCCCCCGGCCCCCCGGGACCCCGGGACCCCCCCCCCGGGGGCUGGAGGGGCUCGGGGGUCCGGUGACCACGGUGGACGGGCGGCGCGAGGACGACAUCGCCGUGCGGGACCCCCCCCUCGGGGGGCGGCUGCUGCUGGGACCCCCCCCGGGGACCCCCGCCCCGGGGAACCCCCCCCCAAAGGGGCGCGGGGGGAGCCCCCAGAGCCCCCCACCCUCCAUGGAGGAGCACCUGGCCAGCAUGCACGAGAGGCUGCGGCACGAGCUCCCCAAUUUCUUCCUGAAGAUCCCGGACUACGCCCUGUACGCCCCCGACGUGGAGUUCCAGUGCCAGCACCUGCACCUGCACACACGGGGCCGGGCCAUGUACGCCGUGGCCGUGGCGCUGUGCCGGGCCCUGGCCUGGGGUUACUUUGCCAGCCUCAGGCUGGAGGUGCUGGCGCUGACGCGGCACCCCGAGGACUGGAGCGUGCGGGCGCGGUGGCGCCUGACGGGGCUGCCCCUGCACCUGCUGCUGCUGCGCUGGUACCGGCGGGACAAACGCACCCUGCUCAGGUCCUACGACGCCUUCUCCACCUUCUUCCUCAACUCCCAGGGGCUCAUCCGCUGCCACCGCGUGGACAAGCUGAUGCCAGCCCCCACGGCCGUCCCCGAGCCCAAGAAGCUGCUGGUGGCCGCGGCGCUGGCGGUGGCGCUGGCCCGGCCCUGAAGCCACCGAGGAGGGGACACCUGAGCGCCCCUCCCCCCUCGGUCACCUGUCCCCUUGGUCACCUGUCCCCUCCCCCUCCCCUUAAAUUAACGUGCAGAAUAAAGGAGCCGGCGGUGACACGGGGACAGCGGCGUCCCCAAGGGCGGGGCUCUGCCCCGGGGCUGUAUUGGGGUGUCCCCAGGUGUCCCCAGGUGUCCCCAGGUGUCCCCGGGCUCAGCCCAGCUCCUCCCGCGA